AUGCUUUUCUCACCAGCCCGCUGUCUCAUCCUGCUGCUCCUCUUGAACUUUGUUGAUGCUGGACGGAUUCUGAGCAAGAUCAAGGAGCGUGCGCGUAAUCUCCAGCUGCAGAAAGCCAAGCAGCAUCUCCUGGCACAAACCCUCAGUGGUCAUCAGCCUCUCCUACGUGUGAGGGAGGGCAGGAUUCACCAGCAGCUGAACCAUUUAAACCGACAAGACGUUAGCACCUUCCCUCAGAGGUUCUUUGUGAACGAGGCCUACUGGCAGAAUCCUGAUGGUCCGGUGUUCCUCUUCAUCGGAGGGGAAGGGCCCAUCUUUGACUUUGAUGUUCUGGCAGGUCACCAUGUUGAAAUGGCUGCCGAGCACGGCGCUCUGCUAUUAGUUCUGGAGCAUCGUUUCUAUGGUGGCAGCAUCAACCCUGACGGCCUCAAAACAGAGAACCUGGCAGAUCUGAGCAGCCAGCAGGCGCUUGCUGACUUGGCUGUAUUCCACCAGUACAUCAGCCAAAGCUUCAAUCUGAGCCACAGGAACACCUGGAUCAGCUUUGGAGGCUCAUACGCUGGAGCUCUGUCCGCCUGGUUCAGAGGAAAGUUUCCCAAUCUGGUGUAUGGAGCUGUGGCCUCCUCUGCUCCUGUCAGGGCGAAGUUGGACUUCUCUGCCUACACCAAUACUGUUGGCUUGAGUCUUAUGAACGAAGCAGUUGGUGGCUCCAAAAAGUGUCUGGCUGCUGUGCGGGAAGCCUUUGCUGCUGUGGAAGCAGCACUGAUGGGCGGUAAUGUCAGCCAGGUGGCCAUUGACUUCGGCUGUUGUCAGAUCCCCAAGGAUCAAGAUGAUCAGAUUGAGCUGAUGGAAAACUUGGCCGGCAUUGUCAUGGGAACAGUGCAGUACAAUGAAGAAGGGGUGCUCAUGUCUAUUAAUGAGCUCUGUGCUGUUAUGACCUAUAAGAGUGAGGCAUAUGAGGAGGAGAUGGAGGCUUACAACCGCCUUGUUAAACUUGCACAGAUCUACCAUUCCACCAGCGAGGAACAGUGUCUGGACAUCUCCCAUGAGAAAACAGUGAAGGAUCUGAUGGACACGUCCCUCCACUCAGGGAGGAGAGUAGAGAGACAGUGGACCUACCAGACCUGCACUGAGUUUGGCUUCUACCAGACUUGUGAGGAUGCCACUUGUCCGUUCUCUGGGUUGCUGACCCUGCAGGCCAAGACUGACGUUUGUAACAUGCUGUUUGGCAUUUCCCAGCAUUCCCUGCAAGGACGCAUUGCCUUCACAAACACUUACUAUGGAGGGGACAACCCCCCCAUACACAGGGUCCUCUAUGUCAAUGGUGGAAUUGACCCAUGGAAGGAGCUCUCAGUGGUCCAGGACAGGAGUGAAGAAGGAGAAGAAGCCCAUGCCAUUUUCAUCAAGGACACUGCUCACUGUGCUGAUAUGAUGAGCAGAAGAGCCACAGACCGCUGCUCGCUCAAGAGCGCCAGAGAGGAGAUUGAGAAACAUGUGGCCAGUUGGCUGAAGAUGGCUGCCCGGGAGAGGAUGGAGAAAAGAACUGUGUGAUCAGAUCACAUUAUAACCUGAUGAGCUCUUAUCACUGUUCCCUGAACCUGAUAAGAAGCAGUCAAUAAGCUGGUGUGCCUGGCUGUUCUGCUUCACUGUCGUCCUCAUUUUCCUCCAUUUCCUCCCUAAGCCCAUCCUGUUCCUUUUCUCCUCACUGUCUGCCCAUAACUGUGUUAUAGCACUGCACUUCAUCUGGUUUAUUUACGAUAUUCAUCAGUUGCCAUAACCUUGUAGUGUCACUAGGGUGCGAUAUUGCUUCAUGUGUGUCAAACACUCAAAAUUCAGAAUAGUUUGCCACACUGGUAUCUAUCUGUUUUUCUUAAUAAACGGCAGCAAAUGUUG